GUUGGAGAGAGAGAAAGAAGAGAGAGACUCAGAAACCCGACCCCAGUCAUUCCGUUCUGCCUGACUGCAUCCAUUCGUACGAACCCUAGAAAUUCUCCCCGUGAUUUCACCUCCCCCAGGGAAUGCAUAGAGAUGAGAAGAUCGCCGGUUUCUAACCCCCACUUUGGCGGCGGAAAGGCCAGCAAAACGGUGAUUGGCGGCCGGAAUUGUCACCGGAAGCACGUCGAGGACGGGUGAAUCUAUCGCUGUUUGCGUUUUUGAAAAAAAAAAUCAGUUACUGCUUGUUUUCUCCCAAAGUGUUCGGUUACCGCAGAGUUGGUUUGAUUAAUCGGAGAAUUUGUAAUGGCGUCGGAGGAGAAAUGCAGCGCGCUGCUCGGUAAGUAUGAGCUCGGGCGGUUGUUGGGGCACGGAACGUUCGCGAAGGUUUACCACGCGAGGAAUCUGCAGUCCGGUAAGAGCGUGGCGAUGAAGGUUGUUGCGAAGGAGAAGGUGAUUCGCGUGGGGAUGAUGGAGCAGGUGAAGCGCGAGAUCUCUGUGAUGAAGAUGAUGCACCAUCCGAAUAUCGUGGAGCUGCACGAGGUGAUGGCGAGCAAGACAAAGAUCUACUUCGCCAUGGAGUACGUCAGGGGCGGCGAGCUCUUCGCGAAGAUUGCCAAAGGUCGGCUGCGCGAGGACGCCGCGCGGAGCUACUUCCAGCAGCUGAUCUCCGCUAUCGAUUUCUGCCACAGCCGCGGCGUCUACCACCGGGAUCUGAAGCCGGAGAAUCUUCUCCUCGACGAGGAAGGUAACCUCAAAGUAACAGAUUUCGGCCUCAGUGCGUUCUCCGACCAUCUCCGGCAGGACGGCUUGCUGCACACAACGUGUGGCACCCCGGCGUACGUCGCGCCGGAGGUCAUCGGAAAAAAAGGCUACGACGGCUCCAGAGCCGACAUCUGGUCCUGCGGCGUGAUCCUCUACGCUCUCCUCGCCGGCUACCUACCAUUCCAGGACGACAACAUUGUAAACAUGUACAGGAAAAUCUACCGCGGCGAUUUCAAGUGUCCGCCGUGGUUCUCGCCGGAAUCCCGCCGUCUCAUCACCAAAAUGCUUGAUCCGAAUCCUUCCACACGUAUCACCAUCGCUAAAGUCAUGGAUUCCUCCUGGUUCAAAAAAUCACUCCCCAAGAAUCUCCGGUCCAAAGAAGAACAAGAAUUCACUGAAAAAGGCAAAGAAAAGGAAACCAUGAAUGCCUUUCACAUAAUCUCCCUCUCCCAAGGAUUCGAUCUAACGCCACUGUUCUCAGAAAAAAGGUCAGAGAAGGAGGAGCUGCGGUUUGCGACAAGCCGGCCAGCGAGCAGCGUGAUAUCAAAGCUUGAGGAGGUGGCGAAGACGGGCAACUUCAGCGUGAAGAAGAGUGGGGAGACUUGCGUGAGGCUGCAGGGAGCCGAGCGCGGCCGGAAAGGCCGGCUGGGAAUAGCCGCUGACAUAUUCGCAGUGGCGCCGGAGUUAGUGGUGGUGGAGGUUAAAAAGUCAAGCGGCGAUACUUUAGAGUACAACCAGUUCUGCAGCAAGGAGCUCCGACCAGCUUUAAAAGACAUUGUGUGGCAGUCUACUGCAACAGUAGUCGGCCAUGGCAGUUCAAUGCCAGCAGCUUGAAGAUGACAAGAACAACUCUUGUAGUUGUGUAUGUAUGCUUAUACUUAUUUGAAUUGUCUGUUCUUUUGCUUUACCUAAUUGUGAAUGCGUCUGUCCCAUCCAAUUUGAUUUCCUAAAACAAAUUCUGCUGCUGUUUCUUUCUUGCA